AUGGGGACCCUCCAGCAACUAGUGAGUGACGAAGGGCAUCGUUACCCCCAGGCGAUCGGCCCUAUGACCAAGGGCAGGUAUGUCGACGACAUCUUCGGAGGAGCUGACUCACCCUCCGAAGCCGAGGAGAUUAUUAGGCAAGUGAUUCAGCUUUGCGAAGCGGGAGGACUUCCGUUGCAAAAGUGGAAUAGCAACUGUACCAAACUUCUGCCUAGCUCAAAUCAGGAGACAUCCGCCGACGUCGAGAUUGAGCCGUCCUCCAGUAAGAUCUUGGGCCUUGUUUGGCGACCAGGCUCCGAUACCUUGCAUUUCUCGCCUGGUAUUCCCUGCGUACCCACCUUCACGAAAAGAGCGAUCGCCUCGGACAUCGCGAGACUGUAUGAUCCUCUGGGGCUAAUUUCACCAGUUGUCAUAAGAGCUAAGGUCCUCUUACAGGAGCUUUGGCUGUUGAAAAUUGAGUGGGAUGAGACCCUCCCUACCGAUGUCCAAGAGAGAUGGUCUGCGUUCCGCCAGCAACUACGCCAGUUAGAACCACUUUCCAUACCACGAUGGGUCGGCAUUCUUCGCUCCGACGCUCCGAGGAUCGAAAUACACGGAUUCUCGGAUGCAUCGCAACUUGCCAUGGCGGCGGCAGUUUACACCAGGAUCCUGGCAGACAACGAUACAGGUUUCGUCCAGCUGGUGUGCUCCAAGACGAGGGUCGCGCCCCUCAAACGGCUCACCAUUCCGCGACUCGAGCUCACUGCCGCUCUGCUUCUAGCUCGGUUGAUAGCCAGGACGACAAAGGCUCUGGAGCUGUCUGACACACCGGUCUUCUGCUGGUCGGACUCCUCAGUUGCCUUGACGUGGAUAUCGGCUCACCCCUCACGCUGGAAGGACUUUAUCCGGAAUCGCGUGUCUGCCAUCCAAGAGAUCCUACCAAACGGGUCAUGGCGCUAUGUGCCGGGAAAGGAGAAUCCUGCGGACCUUGCCUCAAGAGGCCUACUACCGGAUCAGUUGAUACACCGCGAGCUGUGGUGGAAGGGACCUAAGUGGUUAUCCGACUCCCCAUCUGCCUGGCCUUCCGCCGAAUAUAGACCUGCGCCAAGGUCGAAUUUGGAAGAACGACCCGGACAGGUUCUGGUGGCCGCUGCCUAUCGACCUCAGUACUGGGAGCUGCUUCACAAAUAUUCCUCCCUCACCAGGCUCCUGCGUGUUACUGCGACGUGUCGCAGAGUUGCAGCCUGUCUACGCAAGGUGCCGAAAUCCUCCCCCAUCGACCACCCCUUGACCCCGCUGGAAAUCCAGCUGGGCCGCGACCUGUGGAUUCGAACG